UAAAGAAUUUGAAGUAUUUGUCAAAACCCCGAAAAAGGAACCGGGAGAGGCGGAAAAGUACCCUAAACCCUGGGGACUGGGGAGGGCUCUGUUUCACUCCUCUCCUCUGUUCCGAUGGACUGAGGGACUGGCGAAAAUGAGGAACAAGCUUGUGGGUGGAACACCACUCCACUCGAGCUGUUCUAUUUCCGGAAUAAAAUGGGCGUUUGGUAGGAAAGAGGUCGAGAAUGUUGUAUCUAGCUCUAGCUCCAAUAUUUGGUGGCGUGGAAGAUCAUAUGCUGCGUCUGUUGCUCCUGCCAUACCUGAUCCCGACAAGGAUCGUAAAACUGUUCCUAUAGAAGCUCGCCGAGCAAUGGUCGAAUCUUUUGUGGACAAGUACAAGUCAAUAAAUGCUGGGAAGUUGCCAUCGAUAUCAAAUACUCAGAAGCAAGUGGGUGGCUCUUUUUAUGUGGUUAGGAAAAUCCUUCAGGAGCUGCAGAAUGAAUCUACAAUGCCGUCCUUAAAGAGUAGAAGUAAAGUGUCAUUUGAAGAAAAGGCAACCAAAGAGACCCCUAAUGUUGGUGACAAACGUUUGGAAGCAACAUCUGAUUGGCGAAUGUCCUCCUCUUGUGCUGAGAAGACUUUGUCUGCUGAUGAUGAUGUAGAGCUUUCAAGUGAGGUUAGCCAUUCUGUCCUCCCAAUGAGAAGGAAUCUUUUGGAGGACCCAGAGGAAGUUUCUUCUGAUUCUCAUAAGAAACGAGAUGAUGAAAAUAAAGACUUGGACAAUUCUGAACAUGUUUAUACUGAAAGUCGUAUGCUAAAACAUGAACCAGAUGUAGUUUCUGAUGUUGACCUUGAAAGUAGUUUUCCAUCUGAAGAUCUGAAGCAUGAAGAUUCAAAUUGUAAAGAGCAACAAGUCCAUAGUUCUCUUGAAUUAGACAGGGACAACAUUUACAAUAGAAGAGUGAAUGAAGCUCAGCUUCCAACAAGUGAAUCAAAACCAUGGGGACGUAUUAAGUCAAUUGUAGAUGGUAUAAUCAACAUGUGGAGGAACCUAUAAAUCCUUCCAGGAUUUAGAUCAGAGCUUGUAAAUAUUGUCUUCACAUAGGCUGGCGAUAAUGUUGUUCUUUUUUUUUUUUGGCUUACUUUAUGAUUAUUUCUAUAUUUGAACAGAAAUGCCAGAGACCACAGCAUAUGAAAUUUUCGUAAUUGAAGCUUUUUCUCUCUUUCUCAGUUAUAAUAAAAAUAGGGAUGCAUGAAAGGAUUUGAGGUGACCAUUGGGUGGGAAUAUAGUUAUGAGCAAAGUAUUAAAUAUCCAUCGACAAGUCGACAUUUCUAUCGACAUCAACAUUUUUAUUGACAUUGACAUUUGGUGGAUUCCAUAAGCUCCCAGAUUUCAUUGGCUGUAAUUCUCUUGUAUUGCAAUAUAUUUACAGUAGAUGUUGGAAAAUGUAUGGUGGAUUCCGUGGAGUGUUGAAUGAUAUUUGUGAAAGUUUGAUGGAAAA